UUGGUGUAUUUGGAUAACAGCGAAUGGCAAAGCAAAUCAAGGAUAUCAAACAAUUUCUACUUUUGGUACGACGAAAGGACGCCAGAUCGAUUACUAUAAAGAAGAAUAAGACCAACACGAAAUUCAAAGUACGCUGCAGCAGAUAUUUAUAUACUUUGGUGGUGAAGGAAAAAGACAAGGCUAAGAAAUUGGAACAAAGUCUUCCACCAGGUCUUACUUUGAAGAAAAUUGAGUAGAAAUAAAAAAUAGUUCGUUGCCCUUAUACAGGCCAGUAAAACACACUCUUAUCUC